AGAAAAUGUUUGGUCAGCGUUUCCCAAAAUAACCAAAAUGGACUCCAAAAUAGAGGAACAGAUGUUGAUGAAUGAACAUACAAUGAUGCAAAACAUUUCAUGACAUGGACUCUGGAACCUGCUGAUUCACUUAAUUCAGUCAUGAUCUUCCAUCACAUGGUGCUGGUGUGAUCUGGGUGACACUAAAUUACGUAAUCUUCAUGGCUGCAAGCUAUUGCCGAUGUGCUCGCUCGAUUUGGAUGAAGGCAGUCUGUUUCAUAGUUUCAGAUGAGGAAGGAAUUCGUCGUAAACGUCGUUUGGUGUGGGGGUUAAUAGUUCUACUCUUGGUGGAUGUGAUUUGGGUCGGCUCCGCUGAGCUGACUGAUUUUAUAUUCAAAGAUGAAGGAUUUAACAAGCCUUUCUUUACGACAUACGUGAAGACAUCUUCUUUUAUGAUCUACUUGACUGGAUUUAUAUUUUAUGAACCUUGGAGAUUACUUUGCAUACAGUCCAUGAAUCAAACAUCUUCUAAGGUAACAGUUUCAGUACACCAAGCCGGAGAAAAUUCAUCACUUUUGCAUUCACCAAGCUCUUCAAGAGAAUCAUCACCAGUCCCCUCUCCACUUAUGCACGAGUCAGCAUUUGAGCAAGUUACAGAUGACGAGCUAUCCAACAGUCAGCUAGUUGAUGUUGAAAGUGGUUCCUUUGAAAUAAUUCAAAACCAUAACAGUGAACAAGCAAGGUUAGCCAGAUGUCCAUAUCAACCUAGUGAACUGGGUCAGAAGUUGUCUCUUAUGCAAGUGGCUAAAAUUGCAGUGAUGUUUUGUUUCUUGGUGAGUGAGCAAAUGAAGGACUGUUACAAAUUGUUGUUGUUUUUGUUGUUAUUUACAGGGUUAUUUACACUCAUAUUAGCGUCCAUCUUCCAGAGCUCAACUUCAGACAAAUUUUCUGUUACAAAACUACUUGCUGUCCUCAUGAGCAUUACUGGGAUAGUUUUAGUUACACUCUCUGACUCCAAAAACACAAAAGGUGGAAUUAGUCUUGGAGCUCUGUGGGCGCUGGCCGGUGCUUUCCUGUAUUCAUGUUAUUUAAUCUUGUUGAAACGUAAAGUUCCUAAUGAAGAACAAAUGGAUAUCCCAAUGUUUUUUGGUCUCGUUGGAGCAUUUAUCUUCUCGCUUCUUUGGCCAGGAUUUUUUGUACUUAACUACUUCAGUUGGGAAAAGUUUGAACUUCCUCCAAGUUCAAAUGUUUGGGGCUAUAUCGUCUUGAAUGCCAUUGUUGGAACAGUGCUGUCAGAGGUCUUGUGGCUUUGGGGUUGUUACUUGACGUCAUCAUUAACAGCUACAUUGUCUUUGAGUCUAGUGAUACCGCUGACCAUGAUUGUUGAUGUGUUCAUGAAGAAAGUUCAUUUUUCAUGGAUGUUUUUUAUUGGUACAAUACCAGCAUUUGUGUCAUUUUUUGCUGUGGGUUUGUUGACGCAUUACGGAGACUGGGACCCGAUCUUGGUCGGAUUGAAGAAACUUGUUAACAUCAGUCAGCAAGUCAUUGAAAGGAGAAGGGAUGCUCAGCAAACAGAGAGUUUGAUAAACAAUGUUAUUGAGGAGGAGGCUGAUCAGGGAGACACAGGAGAUGACAUAAAAACGUGAUUCUUUAGGAUCACUGAAAAUACUGCUUGCUUGAUACAAGGUGUCGAGCUAUCUUUUUAAAUGAACAAUAAUUUUUGAAAUGUCGAAUAAAUUUGAGCGGAGGAUUAGAGUUUUAGUUUUUAACUUAAUUUUAUACCAAGGUCUUUGUGAAGGUGCUUGAGGCCGGAAAUAAUGAUGGAGACGGUGGUGGGGAGAUUAACAGGUUGGCUUGCUAUAUACCUGUAUUUUUUGCCAACAGCGCGGGCUCUCAUUAGCCACUUCCAGGUCACAUGACAUGUAACAAUAAUGCUGUUUCCUGCCAAAAGUCUCUGAGUGGGCAACAUUGCAAUAUCUAUGACGUCAGAGAGUAAAUGUGAACUGUAACUCCUUCUGUAACCCGGAAAUGUUGAGCGUUGACCGCCUUUGCAUGUGAAUCCUUCUCACGUCAUACAAAUCCACUUAAUGACUGGUCCCUCAGGAAACCAGUGAACUGAAAUAUUGAGAUUCUUGGGAAUUAAAAUUAAAUGUUUCCCUACUAGUAAUAUUUGCCAGGGGCGUAGCUAGGGUGCUGUAAGCCCCCCUUUUGUAAGCCUUUUUUAAGCAAACAACGUACAACAGGUGGC